AUGUUCAACGGAGGCCUUGAGGCGUCAUCACCGACGACUACCUAUUCGUCGUCGUCGUCGUCGAGCAGCAGUAGCAGCAGUCUCCUGACGGACGAUGACGGCUCUGUCUUCCGCACCGAUGCGCCGCCCACUUCGAUCGACAUUCCGUUCUGCAGGAUCCCUCCGGCCGAUGUUCGAGCCUGGAAUUCCGGCGGCGACGAGGCGGCGAGGAGGAGGAGGAGGAGGAGGAGGAGGAGGAGGAGGAGGAGGAGGAAGAAGGCCGCCAGGCCCGAGAGGUCCCUAAACGGGUCGAAGUGA